AUGACCGGGAAGAAAGGAAGGAUGCCUUACAUUGGUGAGGGCAUCACCACGACUCCAGUAACAUCCUGGAAAAAGUUGCAACUUUGUGAAUCUCCACGUACCCCUAAGCCAUCUGCAAGAAGUUCUAAGCACUCCCGAGUUACACCUGCCAUUAGCACGUACCAGAUGUCUUCAGCAUUUCAGGUCAACGUGAAUCCCUUCACCCCAGAAUCCUACAGGAGGAUGAUCUCUCAAUCCAAAGGCAAGAGGAAAAUAAGAGGAGAGCCUGAGGAAUCUGACUUCUCUGAAGAUAAGGGAGAACAAGGGCUGCCUGCCAAGAAAUGUGUCAUAAGAGAAAGCAAUAUGGUUUCCCAAUAUGAAAAAGAAUUCCUGGAGGUAGAAAAAAUUGGGGUAGGAGCAUUUGGCACCGUCCACAAGUGUAUCAAGAGGCUGGAUGGAUGCGUUUAUGCUAUUAAACGCUCAACAAGACGGCUAGGAGUAUCCUUAAAUGAACCCUUAGCUUUGUGAGAAGUUUAUGCACAUGCAGUGCUUGGACAGCACCCUCAUGUCGUCCGUUACUAUUCUGCAUGGUCAGAGGAUGACCACAUGAUCAUUCAGAAUGAGUACUGCAAUGGUGGGAGCUUGCAGGCCGCUGUGUCUGAGAAUGAAAAACUUGGCACUUUCUUUCAAGAAGCAGAACUCAAGAAUAUGCUCCUGCAAAUCUCCAUGGGGUUGAAGUAUAUCCAUCACUUGGGCCUGGUGCACCUGGACAUCAAGCCCAGUAAUAUCUUCAUCUGUAAAAAGCAAGGAGCUGACUCCAUGUCCAUCUCAGAAGGAGAGAAUGAAGAUGAUUGGUUCCUCUCUGCUAACAUGAUGUAUAAAAUUGGUGAUCUAGGCCUUGUGACUUCAAUCAAGAACCCCCAAGUAGAGGAGGGAGAUAGUCGCUUCUUGGCCAAUGAGAUUUUACAAGAGGAUUAUCGACAGCUGCCCAAAGCAGACAUAUUUGCCCUUGGAUUGACAAUUGCUGUGGCUGCAGGGGCAAAGUCCUUACCAAGUAAUGAUGAGCCUUGGCAUCACAUCCAUCAAGGCAACCUUCCAGAUAUCCCACAGAAGCUCUCUGAAGACUUUUACAACUUGCUUAAGGUUAUGAUCCAUCCUAAACCAGAGGAGAGACCAACACCACCAGCUUUGUCUAGGAACAUAGUCCUCAGACCCUCUUCGAGUAUAACUGCAGAGCUUCUGAGGGAGCUAGACAGAGAAAAGUCUAAGAGAGCUGAGUUGGAGAGAGAACUGAAAGAAGCUCAUCUUGCACAGAAACACCAACAAGAUACCAUUCAUCACUCUCCUGGAUCCCUUGGGUUCAUUGCCAAAAAUGGGUCAAGUAGCUCCAGGAUAUUGGUGGGAAGAAAAACCAAAAGGUCACGCAGUUUCACUUUUGGAAAAUCUGAGUAA